CAGCGCUUGCCCUGAAACAAACCCUUUAUAUCAAAGCAUAUCGCACAUAGAUGGAAGGAUUGGGAAGGGCCCCUGCAUGAUCUGCAUUGCAUACUGAGUGGAUAAGUUCCCUGGGCUUAUGUGAUAAUUCAGUUCCUCUGGUUCUGAUAUCUGUAUAUACGUGGCUUGGGAAAAACAUGGUCUCUUACUAGGUAAAACCCAGAAAACCCAAUAACUCUCUCAGAAAGUCAUCCUCUUCAAAAACAAGGCUAUGUUAUCAGAAACCGCAGUGGUGGUGAUGAUGUAUGACAACCAGAGACCUCCAUGACUCAGGGAGGUGAUGAACUGACAGGCAGAUGGAGUCCAUUAACUUCACUUCUCAGUAUAAGUUUUCCUGUAAAACUAACAGAAGGAGAAAGGGUCUGCAAGCAACCAUGAGGCGCAGGCUUUAAGAAGCAGUCCGGAAGGAAAAACUAAAAAGAAAAAGAACAAUGCACAGAACUCUGCUUACAUUUUAAAGUGCCUCCCUAAAAGUUGGUAUUUGGGGAGGAGGGGGCAUUCACAUAACUUGGCUAUUGUCACAUAAUUUGUGGCAAUCUGACUACUCUGAGCAGACAGCAAUUUUUGCAUAGCAUUAGGUCAGCGUGCCAUUUCUGCUAUUUAUCCGUUUAUCUAUCGGGGUUGUGAAUUCAAAAGAGCAAGAUGUUUCAGACCAUCGUUCGAAAAGCAACUUCAGCGUAUCGUCCGCUACCUACACAUCAGCCAGGGGAACCUGGGGUGAAGUAUUCUGGCAAGGUAGUCCAUGAAACUCAACUCAGCUGCUUCUAUAUUCCACCUGGAGGUUCCAACUAUGUGAGUCCCCGCCCGGCUCACGCCAACAUGAACGCCAAUGCAGCAACAGGGCUGGCACCUGAGCAUAUCCCUACUCCGGGUGCAGCCCUCUCCUGGCAGGCUGCCAUCGAUGCUGCCAGGCAGGCCAAGUUGAUGGGUGCCGCUGGCAAUGCAACUAUAUCCACCGCUAGCUCCACACAGAGGAAACGGCAACCGUAUGGGAAGCAGAAGAAACAGGGUACCACGACAGCGACACGUCCUCCCCGGGCACUGCUGUGUUUAACACUGAAAAAUCCCAUCCGGAGGGCAUGUAUCAGUAUUGUUGAAUGGAAACCAUUUGAAAUUAUUAUUUUACUGACUAUUUUUGCCAAUUGUGUGGCCUUAGCUAUCUAUAUCCCCUUUCCAGAAGAUGAUUCCAAUGCCACCAAUUCCAAUCUGGAACGAGUGGAAUAUCUCUUUCUCAUAAUUUUUACAGUGGAAGCAUUUUUAAAAGUAAUAGCAUAUGGACUUCUCUUUCAUCCGAACGCUUACCUCCGCAAUGGCUGGAAUUUACUAGAUUUUAUAAUUGUGGUAGUAGGGCUUUUUAGUGCAAUUUUAGAACAAGCAACCAAAGCAGAUGGGGUAAAUUCACUAGGAGGUAAAGGGGCUGGAUUUGACGUUAAAGCACUUCGGGCUUUCCGAGUACUACGCCCUUUACGGCUGGUAUCUGGAGUUCCUAGCCUUCAGGUGGUGUUAAAUUCCAUUAUCAAGGCCAUGGUCCCAUUGCUGCACAUUGCCCUGCUGGUGCUGUUUGUCAUAAUUAUCUAUGCCAUCAUUGGGCUGGAGCUCUUCAUGGGAAAGAUGCACAAGACCUGCUACAUAACAGGGAUUGCCACAGAUACACCUGCAGAAGAGGAACCUGCUCCCUGUGCUCCUGUAUCUCAACAUGGACGGCAAUGUCAGAAUGGCACUGACUGUAGGCCCAUAUGGGAGGGACCCAAACAUGGCAUUACCAACUUUGACAACUUUGCCUUUGCCAUGUUAACUGUGUUUCAGUGCAUCACCAUGGAGGGCUGGACAGAUGUACUGUACUGGGUCAAUGAUGCCAUAGGAAGGGAGUGGCCCUGGAUCUAUUUUGUUACACUAAUCAUCAUAGGCUCAUUUUUUGUACUUAACUUGGUUCUCGGUGUACUUAGCGGGGAGUUUUCUAAAGAGAGAGAGAAAGCAAAAGCUCGAGGUGACUUUCAGAAGCUAAGAGAGAAACAACAACUGGAGGAGGACCUAAAGGGAUAUCUAGACUGGAUAACUCAAGCAGAAGAUAUAGAUCCAGAAAACGAGGAUGAAGGCAUGGAUGAGGAGAAGCCCCGAAACAUGAGCAUGCCCACAAGUGAGACAGAAUCUGUGAACACCGACAACGUGGCUGGAGGUGAUAUUGAAGGAGAAAACUGUGGUGCACGGCUGGCGCACCGGAUUUCUAAAUCUAAGUUUAGCCGCUAUUGGCGUAGAUGGAAUCGAUUCUGCAGACGAAAAUGUCGAGCUGCUGUCAAAUCCAAUGUGUUCUACUGGCUUGUGAUCUUCCUUGUGUUUCUCAACACACUCGCCAUUGCCUCUGAGCAUUACAGCCAGCCAGACUGGCUCACUGAAGUCCAAGACACUGCGAAUAAGGUAUUGCUGGCUCUUUUCACGGCUGAGAUGCUGCUAAAAAUGUACAGUCUGGGUCUUCAGGCUUACUUUGUGUCCCUCUUCAACCGCUUUGAUUGUUUCAUCGUGUGUGGUGGAAUCCUGGAGACCAUCUUGGUGGAAACAAAGAUCAUGUCCCCACUUGGCAUCUCCGUGCUGAGAUGUGUACGACUACUAAGAAUCUUUAAAAUCACAAGGUACUGGAAUUCCUUGAGUAAUUUGGUGGCUUCCUUGCUCAACUCGGUGCGCUCCAUUGCCUCCCUGCUGCUGCUCCUCUUCCUCUUCAUCAUCAUCUUCUCCCUCCUAGGGAUGCAGCUCUUUGGGGGCAAGUUUAACUUUGAUGAGAUGCAGACCAGGAGAAGCACCUUUGACAACUUUCCUCAAUCAUUGCUCACUGUGUUUCAGAUCCUGACUGGGGAGGACUGGAAUUCGGUGAUGUAUGAUGGGAUCAUGGCUUAUGGCGGCCCCUCUUUUCCAGGAAUGUUGGUCUGUAUUUACUUCAUCAUCCUCUUCAUCUGUGGAAACUAUAUCUUGCUGAAUGUCUUUUUGGCCAUUGCUGUGGACAAUCUUGCUGAUGCCGAAAGCUUGACAUCUGCUCAAAAGGAGGAGGAAGAGGAAAAAGAAAGGAAAAAAUUAGCAAGAACUGCUAGUCCUGAAAAAAAACAGGAGCCUGAGAAGCCGGCUGUGGAGGGAGAGACAAAGGAGGAGAAAAUUGAGCUGAAAUCAAUUACAGCGGAUGGAGAAUCUCCGCCUUCUAAUAAGAGCAACAUAGAUGAAUAUCAGCCUAAUGAAAAUGAAGAGAAAAAUCCCUAUCCUACUGCAGAGACACCAGGAGAAGAAGAAGAAGAAGAACCGGAGAUGCCUGUUGGGCCCCGUCCUCGCCCUAUGUCUGAACUGCACCUCAAGGAGAAAGCCGUGCCAAUGCCAGAAGCCAGUGCUUUUUUCAUCUUCAGUCCCAGCAACAGGUUUCGGGUCCACUGCCAUCGCAUCGUUAAUAAUAACAUUUUCACCAACCUGAUCCUCUUUUUCAUCUUGCUCAGCAGCAUCUCUCUGGCAGCUGAAGACCCAGUUCGGCACUACUCUGUCAGAAAUCAAAUCCUAGGCAAUGCAGAUUAUGUCUUCACUAGUAUCUUUACAUUAGAAAUUAUUCUUAAGAUGACUGCUUAUGGAGCUUUCCUUCACAAAGGCUCCUUCUGCAGGAACUACUUCAACAUCCUGGACCUGCUGGUGGUUAGCGUUUCUCUCAUCUCCUUCGGGAUCCAGUCUAGCGCAAUCAAUGUAGUGAAGAUCUUACGAGUUUUGAGAGUCCUCAGACCCCUGCGGGCAAUCAACAGAGCGAAGGGUCUAAAGCAUGUGGUUCAAUGCGUAUUUGUAGCUAUCCGAACCAUAGGAAAUAUUGUGAUUGUGACCACCUUGUUGCAGUUCAUGUUUGCCUGCAUUGGAGUUCAGUUGUUCAAGGGCAAACUAUACAGCUGCACCGAUAGCUCCAAGCAAACACAAGCAGAGUGCAAGGGCAAUUUUAUCACUUACAAGGAUGGAGAGGUAUCUCAACCAAUGAUUCAGGCCCGAAGCUGGGAGAAUAGCAAAUUCGAUUUUGACAAUGUCCUCACAGCUAUGAUGGCCCUUUUCACUGUUUCAACCUUUGAAGGCUGGCCAGAACUGCUGUAUCGAUCCAUCGAUUCCCAUAUGGAAGAUGUGGGGCCCAUCUAUAACCACAGGGUGGAGAUCUCAAUUUUCUUCAUUAUUUAUAUCAUCAUCAUUGCUUUCUUCAUGAUGAACAUCUUUGUUGGUUUUGUCAUCGUCACAUUUCAAGAGCAAGGAGAACAGGAAUAUAAAAACUGUGAGCUUGACAAGAACCAGCGCCAGUGUGUAGAAUAUGCCCUGAAGGCCCGGCCCCUGCGGAGGUAUAUCCCCAAAAACCAGUACCAAUAUAAAGUAUGGUAUGUGGUGAACUCCACCUAUUUUGAAUACCUGAUGUUCGUCCUCAUCUUGCUGAACACCAUCUGCCUGGCCAUGCAGCACUAUGGUCAAAGUUGCAUCUUCAAAGAAGCAAUGAACAUCCUCAACAUGCUGUUCACUGGCCUUUUCACCGUUGAGAUGGUUCUGAAGUUAAUUGCCUUCAAACCCAAGGUAUGUUGUCGAUCAAAGUUUCUCUCUGUGCACGUAUGGGGCAAAAAGCAGACUGGAGGAGAUGAAAAAGGUAAUAAAGUCAGCUUUAUCUCCCAUCCUCCUCCACAAUCUACCUAGGAAAUGGCCUUGAGC